AUGGGCUCAAUCUUCCAAUCACCUAGAGCGAUCGGCGCAACGAGCAUACCAUACUACACCCCCGUCAACAACCCUGGUGCAGCGGUUGACCCAGGCCCCAAGACUCCCACGCUGUUUCAACCACUCCAAAUCCGCGAUGUCACGCUCAAAAACCGCAUCAUCGUGGCGCCCAUGUGCAUGUUCUCUUCCGAGGGCGAGCCCAGCUCCCCGAAUGUCGGGGCUCUGACGGAUUUUCACAUCGCGCAUUUGGGCCAUCUGGCCACGAAAGGUGUGGGCAUAGUGAUGAUUGAGGCGACCGCGGUGCAGCCAAACGGGUGGAGAUCUCCCAACGACUCCGGUCUCUGGCAGGAGGGGACCGACCCUGGUCAGUUCAAGGCGUUGCGUCGGGUCGUGGAUAUGCGCGGCAUCCCAAUUAAAGCUGACGAGAGCGUUGGAGGGUGGCCCGACGAUAUGGUCGCACCGACUGGAGGCGAGGAGUUUAAAUGGGCGCCGGGACAGACGCAGUACUGGGCUCCGAGAGAUCUGAGUAUUGGCGAGAUUCAGGAUCUUGUCACCUCGUUUGCGAGAAGUGCACGCACAGACGUGGCAGCUGGCGUAGAUAUCAUUGAAGUCCAUGGCGCGCACGGCUAUCUGCUACACGUAUUCCUCAGUCCGGUCACUAACCGCCGAGAGGAUCGGUAUGGUGGGAGCUUUGAGAACCAAGUCCGGAUCGUGCGAGAGGUGACCACUGCUAUCCGCGCCGCAAUCCCGAAUGAUGUACCACUGUUUCUUCGCAUUAGCGGUACCGAGUGGCUGGACGGGACCUCCUGUGCGGCGAAUACUGGAAGCUGGGAUCUGGCAUCGUCAAUUCAGCUUGCCAUGUUGCUUCCGGAGUUUGGGGUGGAUCUGGUGGACGUGAGCUCUGGUGGAAAUCACCGAGAGCAAAGCAUCCAGCACCAUGGGAACUACCAAGUGGAUUUGGCGGGGGAAAUUCGCCAGACGAUUCGGGCAGCUGGACAGAAUACCUUGGUCGGUGCCGUGGGGUUGAUCCGGGAUCCUGAAGCAGCCCGCGAUAUCGUGCAAGGAGCAGACCAAGAAUUCCCUGGCAUGGAUGCGGGAGCACUGAUGUUCUGUCCCCCUAAGCUUGGGAUUCUCGCAGCUGUCUGGGUUGCUUACUCGUUGACAGGCGUUAUUCUCAUUCUGUAA